CUGUUCGCAUCUUGUGGAUAUUUUUCGUCAAAAAAUUUUCAGUGUUGAGGUUCAAAUGGAAGUUGAACAACAUCUAGAACUGAAAAUGGCCGAAGUCACGUCAGAAGUGUACGAUAUUAUCCACCCGAGUCCAGCUUCGCUGAAACAACUAUCAACAAUCGCCAUUAGUCUAGAAUUAUGGCGACUUGAAUAUCGCAAAAGUAGAAAAUUGGGAAAGUUUGAACCUUUUUACAAGCUAGAAGAUACCGGACUUAAAAAAAGGCUACCCUAUUUGCCUUCCAUGAUUUACCAGAUGAUCGAGAAAGUUUUAUCAAGAUUUUUGGAAUCGAUGUUAUCUUGGAUAAAAGAUCAUGAUAUAAAAGUAUUUUGUUGGGAACGUUCAAACGAUUUCGAUGAUUAUGUGCUCGAUUAUGAUGGCUCAAUUGAUUACGCGAGGACAGCCGAACGUAUGCUGCGUUGGGAAGGAUUCAGUUCGGAAAUGAAGUUUACAGUCGCUUGUUUGUAUUUCUUCGAAGAGGAUGUAAGACGAAUUUGGCCAUCUGUAUCAGCUAACAUGAACGUAGAUCUGAUCGAUUUUGACAAAUGCCCGGCAGUAUAUUACUGGGUUUGUCGCCUCACGAAUAAGUUAGAUAAAAUACCAACCUGUGAGAGUGAAACUGUCGAUGAAAGAAUGUUUAGGCUGUGCAUGCCUUAUAAUGGACCUUCGAUAGAGUAUUUUUGGAAUCGUAUACCUCUUGAAGAUCGAAUGCAACAUGCUUUUGACUGCCUAGAUAGUUAUGAUUUCGUUAGAUUCAUUUUACCAAAAGCGAAUGCUCUGGAGAUCGAUGAAAUCGUCAGUGAUCGAUGGAAUGGUGAUGAGUUGUAUUACAUGUUUCUGAAUCUUCAUUGCGAUGAAUCGAGCGUCUUGAGAACUUGGUUCCAUAUUAGGAACAUUAUAACGGAAAGUAGUUUUACCAACCUUAUAAUGUGUAUGUUUCAAGAUGAGGAGGAAGUAGAGUGGGAAUAUUUGACUUGCCAAAUAUGGAAGCAUACCCCGCUUAAUUUAAAACAAUCGGUGAUUAAAGUCAUCUCAUCGGACAGUAGCUGGAUCGCAGCUAUCAAGAUUCACGAUUGCGGUGAUUAUGAUUGUAAAAAAUUCAACGUCGAUUUGCUGUUGACUAUUUUGCAAGAUGCAUCGUUGAAAGAAAGAAACUUAUUCUUGCGUAAUUGCUGGAGUUGCUUAAAAAAACCGCUUCGAAGUAAAGAUUUGCAACGGGUAAUGGGAUUGUGCUGUAAGAACCAAGAUGAGAUUAAUCAGUUCAAGCGGAACUUCAUGGCUGAUAAGAUGACUCAGACGAGUCCGACGAACUCAGACGAGUCAGAAGAAGAUGAGAGUGAUUGAUUCGUUGAAGGAGUAUGGGACUGCGAAUGUAAUUGACCUAUGGUGAUUUUUUCCGUGGAUUCAAAUUAUGUUGGGUUUUAAAACACACAAUUUUGUGUACUUUUUAUAGAAUAUCAUAAUUUAAAAUGUUUUUCACUUUUUCGUUUUUGAAAUUGAAUGUUGUUUACUUAAAAUACUUCAAUGACGUUUUGAUUUUUUUUUUUUGAAUUAAUUUUCACCGUAAUUUUUGUAUUUUUCAAUAUUUUUAUUGAGAGUAAAUUUCGAACGAAUUUUCAAAUUUUUUGUUGCUAUUUUUACGAUUUGUUUCACAAUAAGUACCUAUGUUUCAUUUUAUUUCUGUAAGUUUUUUGUCAUUUAUUUUCUACGUAUUUAUCUUACUUUAUAAUCACGAUUUCUCUGGUUACUCGCAUGGCUAUUCCAACAAUAUUGCGAGCUGAUUUUUUUACAAGUUUCAAGUACGAUAUUGUCGCAUCUUGAGUAAUCUUUAUGUUGCAGUUAUUCUCGAUAAGUCUAGCUUAUUUUUUAAGUUUGAACUGUCAUCAACUUGAAAAAUUUUUUUGCUCUAUAUUUUUUAAUUAUCCUAUUGAAAUUUAAAAUCUUUGCUGAUAAUUUUGAUUGAUUUUUUUUUCUGAAUAUGUACCUACUUAAGGUUGUCAGAUGUAGUGUAUGUUAUGAUUACAAAGAAAUUGAUUAUUACAUAAUUUUCGAAACGA